GGUGAUCUUCACGUGUAAAGUCAUCUGUUGAUUCUUCUGUAAGCACUGCGUUCGGCUGGACUGGCUUGACUGGGAACGGCAUCUGCAGGGGAAUUCGCUCAGCCCUUCAGCCUUAGCUACAAUGACUUCUCUUGGUCCGCGAGAAACGCGCAUACAGCUGUAGGAAAGCUUCUACCUCCACUCCCAUACAUGUAUCUGCUUGAUAACCACCUCUCCGCCAUGGCCAUCUAAUCCCUAGCAGGUGACAAUUGAUCAUCGCUAUCCACCCCCUCUUCAAACUUCAACAUGUCGCCCAAAUCGCCUUCAAGUACAAACUCGUCAAAUCUUUGGCGCUCUUUCGUCCAAGGGACGACAGACGUCAAGACUCACCACACAGUAGCGACAAAUGAAGCCAAAGACACCCUUCUCUCCGCCAACUACCUCGAGGAAGUAGACAAACUGCAAGUUUCCCGCGAGACUCUUGUACCCGACAAAGGACAGAAGUCAACCCCCAAGCGCAUCAUCAUCUGUUGCGACGGGACCUGGCAAUCUUCCGUCAGCGGCCAACAGAACAUCCCAUCCAACGUAACCCGCCUAGCCCGCUCCAUCGCGCUGACGGGGUCGGUCAAAGAAGAUGGAAAAGAGGAUAGCAUCUGCCAGCAGGUCGUCUUCUACAGCGCCGGCGUCGGCACGGGCGGUGGUGUGAAUAUUCUUGAGAGGGGCAGGCAGGCUACUUUCGGCGAUGGUCUGGUGGCCAGCGUCAUCGAGGCAUACAACUUCAUCGUUAUGAACUAUGCCCCGCACGACCAACUCUUUUUCUUUGGGUUCUCUCGAGGGGCAUACACAGCUCGCUCGGUCGCGGGACUCAUCACGGAUAUUGGAAUCAUCCAGCCCCAGGAGAUGGAUGACUUCCCGGCUUUGUAUGACCUCUACCGCAGACAUGGCCAUAACGACAGCUUUAACUUUCGUUCAUCGAAGGAGUACCGACAGUGGAUCACCGGUGUUCGCGCAAAGGGGUUCGAAGACUGGCAGGGGCACGAGGAAGAAGAUCAUCACUGGGACCAAAAGCCGCAUAAUCUUCCCCCAGAGUUUACUAGAGCCAUUGAGGUCGUUGGGGUAUUUGAUACCGUCGGUAGCUUGGGUAUUCCAGGCUUGACCUGGACCCAGAGCGCGACUACCAAAAUAGCUAGACUUGCCCCUUGGCUUGGCGUCGAUGACCUUGGAUUUCACAACCCUUCCCUAAGUAGAUAUAUCAAGCAUGCGUACCAUGCACUAGCCCUUGACGAGCAUCGGCAGCCAUUCACGCCCACCUUGUGGCGUCUCCCGCUCAAGAAGGAGCAAUGCCCUGACUGUCACGGACAGCCAAAGGACCAACUUGCCAAGGAGUUCAGGUCACUUUUGAAAGCGAAGUCGAGGGCCACAGAAGACGAACUCUCACAAGCAUGGAAGGCCUUGAUUGAGCGUGAGAUGGCGGACCAGCUCAACGGUGAUCAACCUGAGCUGCGGCAGGUUUGGUUCCCUGGCGGCCAUAUCAAUAUCGGAGGCGGUAAUCCAGGCCUUCUCUACGGCUUUCCCUUUGAUUUUGAGCAAAUUGCUCUGAUUUCCUUCACCUGGAUGUGCGACCAGAUCAAGACCUUCAUCCAGCUCGACGACGAGCACGGAUACAAGGAUGGGAAGUAUACAAUGUCGACGCUGGCCGAUCGCGAAAUCUUAUCUCGAAACCGGCUCAUCCAUCGCUCGCGCCAUCAGCAACCCUUCGGUGUAAGCUGGGUGGUGCAGCGCGUGCGCCAGGGGCUGGACUACAGCAAGAUUUACGAAAUGUUCUUCAAGUCCCCUUUGUACGACCCGGAAGACGCCUGGGCCACGGGGCCAAUCGUCGACAUAUUCGCGCCCAUCAUGAGAGCCGUGCCGUUCUUGUCAAAGUUUAGAACUCCUGGACAGUAUAAGAAAGACGAUGUCGGCAAUGACCUCGGCCAGACGAAUGAGGAGAUCCACCCGUCUGUCAACUAUCGUGUGGCUAAUCAUGCCACGUACAAUCCUAGAUCCCUGGAAGGGUUCAUCAGGUCCAAGAAGAUGGCGAGUAAAGGAAAGAAGCAUGAGUUUCUGUAUGAGUGGAAGAAGGGUGACGUUGUCAUACCGGAGUAUGUAAUCAAGCCAGCCGAUCUGAUCGCCCGCCGCCUGGCCGAAGUUUCGACAGGAGGUAAUAAGUUUGUUGACGCCCUGGUGAAAAGAGCCAAGGUUACGCUGCAACGUAGUUGAGCGGUAUUUUUGGGUCGAAGGGCCUAUAUAAACUCCAAACUUCAAUCCUGUUCGGCUUCUUUGCGCUCUCGUGUCCACUCAACGGAUUUCUGAUAGGCAUCUCAUUGUGGUGGUAUUCUUGUCGUUGAAAGCCCCACGUCAGCGAACAGCUGGUGCGUGUCAAAGGGGCAAACAAAACAAGUAAAAGAAUGGAAUCCUCAAGUAUUGAAACAGUCCGGAAGCUCGCUUUUCAUUCUUCAUGAGGCCCUAAGCGCUGGCGUCUCAUUCAGAAGGCUGGGUGCCAUGAGUGGGGCCGGAGUCGGUAUCGGAGCCCGUCGGCCGACCCAAUGUGGGGCUACUGGGUCCACCGCACCCGUACGGCAAAGGAUUCCAAACACAUAACACGGAAGGAGAGUAUCACCUCUCAGGGUUUUUCUCAGGGCCCAAUAGGGAGACUAUCUUAGAAAAGAAAUCCGCGGUCUUCUGUCCAAAAAAAUGUCUCUCAUUCGCCGUUAGAGUUAACUGGACAACGGGAACCUCAGCAGCAAGCGCGGCCCGGGCAGUUCUCUCCCGUCAUCCUCGGCCUGUAGAGAAUGAAUGAGCCCCUCAGAUCCAUCGCAAAAGAAGUUUCAGCACUUCAGUCUGGGAACCGUACCAUAUGAGAGAUCUCUUACGUCGGAAGCAAGGCCAUGAGACCUAGAAAUAUAGAGAUAGGUGGGAAAAAGCCGAGGACAGUCCGACUCGAACUGGCGACCUCUAGCCAACUGGGUCACACUGGUGGACAAGUACCG